AUGUAUAGAGUAAAACUUCUUCUCAUUAUUUGGCUGCUAUUUGUGAGCAGACUUGAAUCUUAUCGUCUUCGUCGGCAAUCUUCAUGUUCAUGGGUAGGCCAUUGUGCUGGUGACUCAUGCUCAUCAAACAGUGAUUGCGAUGGCACACUCGACUGCUCGAAUGGUAUAUGUGAUGGCGGUGUCACUGAUGGUGGGACGACUGAUGGUGCUGUCAGUGAUAGUGGUACUACUGACGGUGCUGUCACUGAUAGUGGUACCACUGAUGAUGCUGUCACUGAUGGCGGUGGAACUGGUGGCAGUGGAACUGAUACAUCGUGUUCUCCGUCAGGUCAACUCACUGGUACAAGCACUUCUUGCAACACAGAAAAUGAAUCGACAUGUUGCCAAUCAGGUGUCGACUAUCCACAAUAUACAUGUUCGCCUUCGUCCGCAGGAUCCACCUUGCUUACACUCAAUAGUUUUCAAGAGGGUGGAGACGGUGGUGGUGGAGGAGCAUGUGAUGGCUCUUUUUAUCCUGACUCGGAGCCCGUUGUAGCCUUAUCGACAGGAUGGUACAAUGGUGGUAGUCGAUGUGGACGCAUAAUCACAAUUAAUGGCAAUGGGAGAUCAACAACUGCUACCGUUGUAGACGAAUGUGAUUCAGUCCAUGGAUGUGAUGCCGAUCAUGCUGGACAACCACCAUGUCGUAACAACAUUGUUGACGGAUCGAAGGCCGUUUGGGACGCACUUGGAGUGUCUCAAGAUGAUCCAAGAUAUGGAGAGAUGAGCAUUACUUGGAACGACUAA